AUGAUUGAGACAAUUGUCGACGAGAUUAAGAAGUCCUUCGAGUCUUCACAUUGGCUGGACGAGACAACUCGCGUUGGAGCUCUGAAGAAACUUUCUGUGCUGAAAAGAGAUAUUGGUUACUCGCCGGAAUUUAGCUCCGCCUUGAAAAUAGACGCGUUCUUCAAAGAUCUCCCUGACCUAAACGGACCUUUCAUCGAGGACUACAUGCGGGUUCGAAAGUUUUGGACAAAGCACAACUGGAAUGGAAGAUUGAGCGACCCCUCCUUCGUGGAUCCACGAUACACGUUUCCUCUAUUCUUCGUCAAUGGUGCUUACAUACCGACGCAAAAUCGCAUAGUCAUUGGAACCGCUCUUUUGCUCACGCCUAUCUUUUCGUAUGGUGCUCCUCCAGAAGUGAACUAUGGAACCCUAGGCAGCGGCGUGACACAUGAACUAAUGCACGGCUACGAUACGUCUGGCAGGAAUUAUGACGGUGCUGGGCAUUUCAAACCGUGGUUUACCGAAAAAAGUAUUGCGGAAUACGACAAGAUCGUUCGUUGCCACAACGAGACUAUUGAGAAAGCUCCGAAAGCUAGAGCUUACAAAGAUUAUCCCCUGGAGUAUCUAGCAGACACGCUGGGUAUUACGUCCCGGUUGAGGGCAUAUAAAAAAGCUUCGGAAAAGUCGCAUGUCACUCUGGGCAACGUGAGGGAUUUGACGAAGGACAAGAUCUUCUACAUUUCCACGUGUCUAGUGUGGUGUGGAAAGGAAUUCCCAGAACCGACGCCUCGAACUCAUCCGCCUUCGGAUGAAAGAUGCAACGUGCCUCUUAUGAAUUCACAGCAUUUCAGCGAAACCUUUUCUUGCCCAAAGGACUCGCCAAUGAAUCCCUCGCACAAAUGUGUCUUCUGGUAA